UUUUUGGGGAAAUUGAGAAAUCGAUGCCAAGUGACUCCUUGCGGUUUAAUGUGCCUAAUACUAAGGUAUUAUAGUUGUAUCUUCGCCUGAAUAUUAACAAACAUGCGUAUUUCGUUAGCCGUAACUACCUUUUUUGCUUGAAUUACUAAAGGCUUUGGGAGUAAGUACAGAUUACUAGACAACUGCAGCCGUAACUACUGCAGAUAAGGCGUUUUGCCUUAGCAAACGUCACAUACUACAUUUUUUGCUUUAGUAAAGUAUCACUUGCCCCCAUUAUACUCUAGUAAGUGGACGUCAUUUUUAACCUUAAUAAACAGCUGCAGUAAAUUAAUAAGUGCAUAUCAGGCAGCGUCAGUGACUGUGUUUCUGAGUAUUAUUAUUAUAAUUAAUAAUAAAUUCACUUCGUUACAUUUACAUUGUUGGUUUAACUGAUGGCUUCACGAGGUAAACAUUUAGUGAGUUUGUGUAUUGAUCAACGAGAAAAGUUGAAAACGGCUACGGUGACAAGUACUUCAAAAGCUAAUACCGCCUCCAACAACGCAAACCUUCAUCAAGGCAACUCCAACGAUCCUCGUAAUGAUUUUAAUCUAUCUGAAGCUAAAGAUACGGAAACUGAUCAUUUAUUAGGCGAUAGUGAUUUGUGUGUUUCUGCGCCUACCACCAGUGCAGCAGCAGUUAUACCUGAUGGCAUAUAUAUAAUUAACGAUAACGGAUAUUUGGAUCCAGUUAUUGACUAUAUUGAGACUGAAAUAGAUGUUGAUGGUAUUCAGAUAGAUGGUCUUCAGUUACCUUUCGAUGAAAUACGUACAAUUAAUCAACCUUGCAUUUCUUCAGCUGAGGAUAACCAAAAUUUCAACAAUGGAGCAGAAACUGAAGUUACAUCAGAUAAUCCUACUGUAAAUAAGGUUGUUCCUGAAACCCCUAGUGAUCCAAUACCGGAAGCUCAAUUAGAAAUUGAUUGUGGACUUACCAAGACUGGAAACCCAAGAAAGAGAAAGAAAUAUUUGUUGUCGCGAACCGAAAGGAAUACAAUUAAGAAAAGAAAAGCAAUGGAGGGGCACAAUGUAAAACAAUCAUGUCCAGUUACCUGCAAAGUCAAAUGCUCUUCAAUUAUAACUCCUGAACGACGAAAAGAGAUUAAUAAACAGUAUUGGUGUCUUCCUACAACACAGGAAAAGAAAACAUUUGUUCUGAGUUCCGUAAGCAAAAAGCCGGUAACCAGACGAACAACAUGCAGUCCAAACUCAAGGCGUUCUUUUACCAAUGAGUAUUUUCUAAAAAAUGCGGAUGGUACCUCACUACGCGUGUGCAAGACGUUUUUCUUAGCUACAUUAGGCUAUGAAAAAAAUAAUGACAAAAUCUUGCAGAGCCUUUCUAAGCAAACGACCAACAUUUCAUCCAGUCAUGAUAAAAGGAAAGGGCGCAUUCCAGCAAACAAAGUUGAUCAUGAGGUUAUUGUAAAACACAUCGAAUCUUUUGAACCCUCAAUUUCUCACUACAGGCGUGAGCAUGCGCCUAACCGUAGGUAUUUACCAAGCGACUUAACCAUUACAAAAAUGCACGAAGAUUUUGUAAAAAAGCAUCAAAAUUUUAAAUGUUCUUAUGAUCUGUAUAGAAGUGAGGUAUCAAAGUUAAACAUCUCGUUUGUGAAACUUGGUCAUGAACAAUGCGAACGAUGUGAACAUUUUAACCUACAUGAGCACAACAAAGAAAACGUACAAAUUGAGAACUGUGAAACUUGCAAAAUCUACGAUUCUCACAUUAAGAAUGCUGGUGCUGCAAGACAAGACUACAAGAAUGACUCCGCUAAGCUCGAUUACCACCUUAAGAGCUUUUUGUGUUGGAUUGAUGGUACGUCCAAUAACGACAUCCCGUACCUAAAAGUUAGGUUUAUUUACGUCACGUUAGUCGUGAAUGUACCCUCUUCCGUUUUCUCUCUCUCUCUACGACUGAUAUCUUGCCGCAAACCAACGAUACCUGGAUCACCGGUUACCUUCCGAUUCAACGUGCUAUCCUGCACCUGUCCGUUUAGUGUAGCGGAGUAA